AUGCCGUUCAAUACCGAGUUGACCAGAAAGCUGGGGAUUGAGAUCCCUGUCGUCCAGGGUGGUAUGCAAUGGGUCGGUUACGCUGAACUUGCUGCUGCUGUCAGUAAUGCUGGCGGCCUUGGAAUCCUCACGGCCCUCACGCAGCCCACUCCGGACGACCUCCGAAAGGAGAUUCGCAAGACGCGCACUCUCACAAAAAAGCCGUUUGGCGUCAACGUUACACUACUCCCCUCUCUUGAACCACCAAACUAUGGAGCCUAUGCCCAAGCAAUCAUUGAUGAGGGAGUCCGCAUCGUUGAGACGGCUGGCAACAGCCCUGGCCCAGUCAUCAAACAACUGAAAGCUGCUGGCUGCAUUAUCUUGCAUAAAUGCACAACAAUCAGACACGCAAAAUCUGCCGUUAAGUUGGGUGUGGAUUUCUUGUCCAUCGACGGCUUCGAAUGCGCUGGUCAUGUCGGCGAGACCGACAUUACGAACUUCAUUCUCCUAAGCCGUGCGAGACAAGAUCUCGGAGUACCAUUCAUCGCUUCGGGAGGGUUUGCCGACGGAUAUGGACUGGCAGCUGCUCUCGCGCUGGGUGCUGAAGGUAUCAACAUGGGCACCCGAUUCAUGUGCACUGUGGAAGCUCCUAUCCAUGAAAACGUGAAAAAGGCCAUUGUUGAUGCUCAAGAGGAAGACACCCAGCUUCUCCUUCGUCGGUGGAGAAAUACAACGCGCCUCUUCAAGAACGAUGUUGCAACAGCGGCGUACCAGGUCGAAAAAACUAGCAAAAAUGAUGAGUUCAAUGAAAUCGCACCUUACGUGACUGGCAAGCGAGGUCGGGAGGUGUUUAUCAAUGGAGACAUUCAUUAUGGCGUCUGGACGGCUGGACAAGUAAUUGGACUCAUCCAUGAUAUUCCGACUUGUGAAUCUCUUUUAAAACGUAUUGAGAAAGAGGCGGUUGAGGCAAUGGCAAAAACCAGCGCACUAUUCACCCCUUCAGCGCCCCAGAGUAAACUGUAA